AUGGAGCAGCAUACCCCUGGAACUAGUUCGUCUUCUCCCCUGCAGGGUAGAGGCAUCAUCUAUCAGGGCGGAGACAUCAUCCUCCAGGUCUCCACCCUGCAAGGGGGCGACCAAGGCGGAGACAUCAUUCAUCAGGUCUCCUCCUUCCACUCCGCCCCUCUCUCCGCCCUCUCGUGGUCCUCCCUGCACCUCUCCCCCUCCUCCACCACUGCUCCUCCCAAUGCCAGUCCUGCUCCCACCGCCACUGCCACCAGCACCUCCCUUCCUCUCUCCCCUUCCUCCCUCCUCGCCAACCUCCCCUCCCUCUCCCCCCUCUCCUCCUCCUCCUCCACCGCCAAGCUCCCCCCCUCCGCCCCCUCCCCGCCUUUCCCCCAUGGCCCCUACCACGACCUCACUCAUAUCUACCUCCCCCGGACUCCACCCGCCUCUUCCCUUCCCUCGGCCUCCUACCUCUCCAUGCCUGCUGACUCAGUUGCUGACGUGGACGGGGCCCGCGCGCCCGAGGAUGAGCGGUGGUGGAUGCACAUGCCUGCUGGCAAGGGGAGAGGGGGAGAGGGAGGGGGUGGAGGGGGAGGGGGAGGGGGGGAGGGAGAGGGAGGGGAGGAGGAGAGGAGUAUGCUGUGUGUGUUAGUGAGUGUGGAUGUGGUGGGGUGUGUGGUGGUGAGCGCGUUUGGCAUCUUCCCACUCAUCAAGCUGGCGUUGCUGACACCUGAUCUGGCCCACCUCAUUGUUGUCACUGCCAGCAGCAGCAGCAGCAUCAGCAGCAGCAGCAGCAGCAGCAGCAGCAGCAUCCGGGAUGGGAAGCAAGGGCGGCAGGGGCAGCAAGAGCAGGGCGAGGCUGGCUGUGAGCUGGCGCUGUUUGACACGGCCAUGAUGAGGCACAGCCGCUGGGAGGUGCCGGCAGUGGCAACGCACGGGGCAGCAGCGCUAACAGGACUAAUGGACCCCUGGGAGGUGCUGGCGGUGGCAACCCAUGGGGCGGCACUAACAGGGCUCAUGGAGUGCGUGUCAGCAACGGCUGCUGCUGCUAAGGCUGGAAGCCCCUUCACAACCCUUUCCCCACCGCUCUCCCUUGUUCAUUGUUCGCCUCUAUGCAGCCCCUGGGAGGUGUUGGCAGUGGCAACGCACGGGGCGGCGCUGACAGCGCUCAUGGAGUCCGUGUCAGCAACUGCUGCUGCCAUGCACGGCCAAUGGGAGGCCGCCAGCUGUCAGUGGCGGGAGAAGGUGCAGGGGCUGCAGCGACUGCUGGAGGAGAAUGGUGAGCUGGCGGCAGAUUGCCCCGCAGGCCCUCGCUCAGAGCUGCUGUACAUGCUCGCAACAGGAGCUGCUGGGUCGAACUGCCCCUCGGACCCUCGCUCAGAGCUGCUGUACAUGCUGGCAACAGGAGCUGCCAGCACGGAUCUGAACAGCUUUUUCUCAGAUACUCUUGCCGGCGAAGCGGUGAGUUUUGAGACGUCUCAAAAGUUCUCAGAUACUCUUGCAGGCGAAGCGGGAGUGAAGCGGCUGGCACGGACGAUAGAGACAGCAGGGAACGCGCUGCAUGGUCUGCUCACACUGCACCUCAUGCCCGCUCUGGAAGAGACCCUGGCAGUGGUGGCGGACUUUCUGCACCACCAAGGCGCACCUGCACCCCAUCUGCCCCAGAUGCCACCUCCCAUCCACUUCGACCGCGACCCCUUCAAGGCCCAGGCAGUGGUGGCGGACUUUCUCCACCACCACUUGGACUGCGACCCCAUCAAGGCGCACCUGGAUCCACCUGCCCCAGAUGCCACCUCCCCAGGCGCCAGGGUGCCGCCCCCGCCCAUGUUCGCUGGGAUCACGAGUGGCGCGCACGAGGAUGGGGAUGCGCUUCUAAGGGAGGUCGUGUGUGACCUAGCUGGGAUCACCAACCCAGCAGCCGUGCACCCCAAGGGAGGCAACAACUCUCUCCGGCAGCGGCUGGACCGAGUGCAACACAGCUGUGAGGCAGUGCUAUCGGCCACAGCAGCCAGAUUCACUGCCCGUGCCGUGCUUUCCCUGCGGCCUCUCCCACUGCCUCAACGACUUCCCUUGCCCCUUGUCCCAUUUCGCCCCCCUCUCCCCCCCUCUCCAGUUACGGCGCAAUGCUUUUUCUCUUUGCUCAUCUUUGCCUGCCAUCUUCCUGCCAUCUUCCUGCCAUCUUCCUGCCAUCUUCCUGCCAUCUUCCUGCCGUCUUCCUUCCACCCCCCACGUGCUCUCUCCUCCACUCUUUCCCUUUUCUACCGAUUUCCCCCCACUCCAGCAGCAGCAGCAGCAGUCAAAGCAGGCGCAGCAGCGACAGCAGUGGCAGGAGCAGCAGAGGGGGUGGAGGCGGCAGUGGUGGAUGUGGGGCAUGGCAUGGUGGUCACAGACAUUGCAAUGUACAAGGUAGGUACCAUCUACCCAUGCAUGCAUGCUUGUCUACCUGGCAUUCGAGAGGCAGAGAGGGCAGCGGUGGUGGAUGUGGGGCAUGGCAUGGCGGUGACAGACAUUGCAAUGUAUAAGGACCACCACAUCGCACUGCUGCUCACUGCUGCCGCUGCCACUAAAGCAGGCAGCGCAGCAGCAGGGGCAGCGUGGCAGCAAGCCGGGGAGCAGCAGCAGCAGCAGCAGCAGCAGGGGAGGCUGGUGGUGUGUCCAGUAGAGGGUCUGGCGUUCACAGGAAUUCAGCUGGGCCAAGGAGACACCCUCCUGCAGCAUCUACCACCUUCUCAGCCGUUCCCCUCCGAGGGCCUUAGGGAACGCCCUCUCACCUUUGCCCGCCCCCUUGCCCCGCUUGCUGCCAGUUCUGCUCGUGGCUUGGCUGCGGUGUUUGGGGCUCAGCGGAGAGUGCUGGUUCUUGACCUUGAGGAGGAUGAGGAGGAAGAGGAGGAAGAAGGGGAGGAGGAGAAUGAGGGGGAAGAGGGCGAAGAGGAAGGUGAUGGGGCUGAAGAGGGAGGUUGA